UUGAAUUAAUUAAUGGGUAUUUUUAUUUUAUUUUCAAAAAUUUAGGAGUGUUUUUUUAAUCAAUUUCCAUUUUAAAUUCUUUUCAACUGUAUUAGUGGGCACGUCAGAGACAUCGGAGAGGCGAUAACUGCAGGGAGGAGCUCGAAGCUGGAGCUGGCGUCGAUGACAGUGAAAACUGAAAAGAAUGGCCAUGACUGACGGGUGGAUCAGAUUUUAGCUGAAAACUGAAACUUCCCUAAUUUCGCUAUGUGCAAUUGCUUAUCUCCUACUACUUUCUUUUCUCAUUCUUCUUGGUUUUCAUUUGGCUUCACUAGUGCAAAAUUGACCAGCAAUGGUGUUCCUUACUCACAUCGCAAUUUAGAACUUGGAUUUUACAGGACAGAGUUCAAGAGUGAGGAUUUCAAACUGGGGAAAGGGAAAAGGAACAUUCCCAAGUUAUGUAGUUCAGAUGGGUAUGAUUUUUUCGACGAUUUAUGGUUAAAAGAAAAGGAAGAAACUGAAAUUCCUGUAAUUUCAGCUUCAAGAAUUGAAAAACAAGCAGAUAUUCCAACUCCCAGCAAAGGAAUUGAUGAUGAUAGAGGCGUUGGGUUUCUUGAAUUGGGCAGAGAAGCAGAGGAGAUAAUGAAAACAGAUGUGGGAUUGGAAAAGGGAAUUGUGCGGAGGAAGAAGCAAAUGAUGAAAAGAUCGAAUUUGAUUGCGAAGCAAGUGAUCAGCAUUCAAUCUGCUCUCAGCUUGGGGUUUGUUUCGCAGCUUUGGGUGGAUAUAAAUUCUUGGAUUGUUUUCCUAGUUGAAGUGAGGCCAAACUUACUUUCUGGUGAAGGGGAAAAGUUUCUGCUGGAGGAUGUCAAACAGGUAGGAGAUGUUGUGCUUGUUGAGGAUGAUAGUGUGAUGGAAAAUGAAUUUAAGCUUGUUGGACUGCAGACAUUGUUGGGGUACAACGUUGUAACACCACGUCAACGGAAUAUUGGGAAGGUUCGUGGCUAUACUUUCAAUAUUAACUCAGGGGCAGUAGAAUCUCUUGAGCUUGAUUCCUUAGGAAUAUCCAUAAUACCAUCCACCUUGGUGAGCACCUAUUGUCUAUUUGUUGAGGAUGUGGUCGACGUUUUAUCAGAUACCAUUGUUGUUCAAGAAGCUGCAGCCUCACGCCUACAAAGACUUACAAAGGGAUUCUGGGAUGCCCAGACAAUGGCUUACUCUGCAGAUGAAAUGCAAGAUUACACCAACUUAAGAAACACGCGUGCUAAGCCAGAGUAUAACAGAAGCCGUAAAAAAUCUUCAGCAAAGAGGUUAAGAAAGAAAAUGAAAGAAUUCGCCGAUGAAUGGGACCUCCCUAUGGAUUUCUUUUAAUCUGCUAGAUUUCUUCACAAUGUACAUUUCACCACAAGGACACUGAUUCGUUGUCCUUCCUCUAAAAUCUUUGUUUCUACUUUCUGCACAGUUGCUAAAUAUAUACAUUAUUGAUUGUAAUUUGCAUAGUGUCUAACACAGUUGAUCUAGAUCCUGGAUACCUCUGAGUUUAUGGAGCUAAUUGUAUGACCAAGGUGACCAUCUGUAUUUAUUGUUUCUUCUUGUAAUCUUUAUGACACAAUGGCAGUA